AUGGCGGGAACAAAUCUAAUUGGCAUAAAAGAGAUUUUUGGAAAUGAAGCUCUUGAACAAGUUAAAACAUGCAAAUUUCAUUAUAAGCAAAUUGUGAAUAGAAGGGUAAAACUUCUUGAUGUGGAAAGUGCUGAAGAAUUUGAGAAACGAACUGAAGAUGGGUACACUGCUGCCAGGAAAGAACUCAAUGACUUUACUGAAACCAACCUGACAGAACAGGAAUGCAUGGUAUCCUGGUUGAAAUGGUGGGACGAAUGUAAAUAAUUUAUAUUCAAUGACUUUACUUCUGCUGGGCCCAGGAUGAACCAAGCAGAAGUAAUUCAUGCAAGUUGGGCCAAUCGUGACGGGAAAAAUCUUUCUUUGCUAGAUGUUGCUCAUAUAUGGACACAAGGGACAGUACCUUAUAGAGGCACAGUUGAAAGAGUGCAAAGAGGGAAGAGCGGCAUGUGGAAGAGGCCCAUCAUUUAGAGAUCGAAACUUUCGAAAGUAA